AUGGUGGAUCCAUCGGGGAGCCGCUUAGUCCAAUGGUUGGAUAAGAAGUCAAAAAAUGGUCUUGUAUCUUUGGAAUUCCUACUGGUAGAUGAUGCUGCACCUGGAUCCUACUAUAUAACUGCCCAGAGAGCAUCUAACAAUGCUGUGAAUCAAUGGUUUACGGUAGAAGAAUAUGUGUUACCCAGAUUUGAUGUAACGUUGGAUGCACCAAGCACUUUAUCUAUUCUGGAUGAGACCCUAAAACUGAACGUCUCUGCAAUGUACACAUAUGGAAAACCAGUGCCUGGAACAAUCUCAAUAAAAUGGUGCAGGCCACCAACGUAUGGUCGGGUGAACAAUUGCUACAGGGAUAAAAACGGAGUCUGCUAUUAUAAGAAAGCAAACCUGGCCUCAGAUGGUACCUACCGUGGUGUGAUCGACCUAAGUUACAUUCAGAUGGAACUCUCUGGAGCCCAGACCUACCUUAAUUUAUCUGUUACAGUUACAGAGAAUGGCACAGGCAUCCAAGUCAUGAAGACCCAAUAUCUGUGGGUGACCAGCCAACUUGCCAGUAUCUCCUUUGACUAUGAGAAUAUGAACACGUUUUAUAAAAGAGGACUUCCAUACUCUGUUAGGGUUUUCCUAAAGGAUGAAAAUGGUCUUCCUCUAGUGAAGGAAGAGGUGGAACUACAGAUUGAUGGCGUUUGGGAUACUAAGAAAAUAAUAACAGGCAUCGAUGGAGGAGCAAAAUACGAUCUAGACACAUCCAGUUUCUUGGAACCAAACUUUACAAUCAAAGCCAGUUACCCGAAUACAGAGCAGUGCUAUCGGCCAUAUUGGGCAGGUUCUGACUAUCCGGUCACUGAAUACACCGUCUAUCGGUUCUAUUCAGAGACGGGAAGCUUCCUGCAGAUUAUUCCUCCAAAGGGCACACUAAAAUGUGGUCAAAAUCAGAAGAUUGAGGUUCAGUUCCUUCUGAGUUCUGAUGGGAUUGGUGUUGGAGCAACUAAAGCCGUCUUCUACUAUAUGACAAUGUCAAGAUCACGGAUUGUUCAGUCUGGACAACAAGAAGUUACCCUAACUACUGGUGUGAAUGGUACAUUUUCUUUCAUUCUCCCGAUAACUUCAGAAAUUGCCUCCAGAACCGAUCUCAUAGUUUACACGAUUCUACGAAAAGAGCUCAUCGCAGACACCAAGUCAUUGAAUGUCGAAGCCUGCUUCAAAAAUGAGGUUUCACUAACUUUCUCUAAAGAGAUUGGACCUCCAGCCUCCAGUGUUGACCUACAAAUAUCAGCAUCUCCAGGAUCCUUAUGUGCAGUCAAAGUGAUUGAUUCCAGUGUAUUUCUUCUCAAAUCAGACGAUGGGUUGACCCCUGAAGCAGUAUAUGACUCCCUGCAGAGCUGGUUCUAUGGAUAUCAAGUUGGGGAAUUCAACGUUGAGGAGUCAGGACCCCCCUGUGAGGAUCCCAACAAACAGAUAUUUUAUGGUGGAAAUUAUUAUGUUCCUGUGAGUAGUAAUUCUGAAGGAGACACCUAUAAUAACCUUAAGAGUAUAGGCCUAGUUGUGGGGACCGAUGUCACUGUGAGAAAGCCUGUAGUGUGCGGACAGAACGAAGUUAUCUAUCCAGCAUUUGGGGCGUUAACAACAAAGGACGGGGCGUUACCAGUAAAUAAACUUGCUUUUUCUUCAUCAAAAGCACCCGAAGCAAUUGUAACGGUUCGAAAAAACUUUACAGACACCUGGGUGUGGACAAUGGUAUCUGCGAAUUCUAGUGGCCGUGGCAUACUAUCUCAGAAGGUUCCUGACUCCAUUACUGAGUGGAAGGGCUCCAUGAUCUGCACCUCUGAGAAGAACGGGUUUGGGAUGUCGAAGGGUCCAUCUAAGUUCACCACGUUCCUCCCGUUCUUUGUAGAGAUGUCUCUGCCUUAUUCCUUUAUUAGAGGAGAAACACUUGUCCUAAGCGCCUCCGUGUCCAACUAUCUGGUGCAGUGUGUAAAGGUUCAAGUAACUUUACUAAGUUCUAUAAAUUACUCAGCUACACUCCAAGAAGGAAAACAGAAUACAUGCAUCUGCUCCGGACAGCGAGCCUACUACACCUGGAACAUUAAUGCAAUAUCAUUAGGGGUCAUCACUUUUAACUUGAAGGCUGAAACAACUUUCAUUGGCCAGAAAUGUAAUGGACCCAAUGACCCUACCCAGCCUCCCCGCAAAGAUACUGUCAUACAAAGCAUCAUUGUUGAGGCUGAAGGAAUAAAAAGAGAAGUCACAUCUAGCAACUUCAUCUGUCUACAAGGGAAUAAUCCUAAAAAUGUAUCUCUUCCAAUGAAAUUAGUUCAACCGCCCAAUGUGGUACUCGGUUCAGUCUCUGGCUUCUUUACGGUUCUGGGAGAUAUUAUAGGUCUCCCUCUGCAAAACCUUCAGGACCUGCUCCAGAUGCCAUAUGGCUGUGGAGAACAGAACCUUGCACGAAUGGCCCCCAUUCCUUAUCUUCUAGACUAUCUCAGUACCACAGAACAACUCACAGACGAGAUUCUUCAGAAAGGGAUUCAGCUGAUGAACAUUGGUUAUUACAGGCAGCUCAGAUAUCGAGUAUGGUCAGGAGCCUACGGCCUAUUUGGAGGAUUGUAUAGUGAAAAUAAUUCAUGGUUGACCGCUUAUGUCUUCAAGACUUUUGAAAAAUGCAAGAAAUACAUUUUCAUUGAUGAUAACAUUCAACAGCAAGCAUUGAUCUGGCUGGAAAACUCCCAGAAACUAGACAGCGGCUGCUUCAGUGCCACAGGGGAUCCCUUCAUGAGAUUGAAAGGAGGCGCGGAGGAUGAUAUCAGCUACACGGCUUACCUUUCCAUUGCUCUCCUGGAGUCUAACUACACUCUUGGGUCGACUUUGUUGAAUGGUUCCUUGACUUGUCUUCAGAAUGCCCUUAAGACCAACCAAAGUGUGUACAACCAGGCCCUCAUGGUCUAUGCUUUUACUCUAGCUCGGGAUUGGCACAGUAGAUGUAGUCUUCUCAAGGCUUUAAGACCAAAGGCCAUCACGGAAGGUGGGAUGAUCCACUGGGAACGUGAAGGCAACCCCCCUGUGCAGCCAGUUGACUUCUUCUACCCCCCAUAUUCUCCAGCUGAAGUGGAGAUGACAGCUUACAUAUUAAUGAGCAUUGCUAAAGGUCCCAAUGUUACCCAAGAGGAAAUGACAUUCAUGGCGCAAAUCUCAGUCUGGCUGAUCAGACAACAGAAUUCAUGGGGGGGAUUCCGGUCUACACAGGACACUGUUGUGGCUCUUCAGGCUCUUUCUACCUUUGGAAAAUUGAUUUUUGACCCCAAUGCUCAGCACAUUAUACGAUUGUCAACACAAAACAAGCAAACACAAAUAACAGUUAAUAAGAACAACAGACUUCUAGUCCAGAGACAACCGCUCAGUGUUCCCGCUGAAUACACUGUAGGGAUCAAUGGGACAGGCUGUUGUCUUACACAGACCACUAUUCAGUACAAUGUCCCUGUGCCGAAGGAUAACUCCUCUUUCCUUGUGUCGGUGAAGACCUCUUCCUCGAGCUGUGUGGAUAAAGUGGCCUACACCUUCUCUAUUGGGAUGAAUGUCAGCUAUAGAGGAAAUAGAAAUCAAACCAACAUGGUGGUUAUCGAUAUUACAAUGCUUUCAGGGUACCAAGCAGAUUACUGGUCGGUACAAGAGUUGGUGAAUGCAAAAGUGGUUUCCAACACUGUAACCAAGAACAAUCAUCUGUACCUGUAUCUGAACACGGUUUCUAAAGAAUCAACCUACCUAUUGUUCAAUGUUAUAAUGGGCAAUAGGGUUCUAAAUGUGAAGACCGGCUCCAUCUAUGUGUAUGACUACUAUGAAACAGCUGAAAAUGGCUAUGCCUCCUACCGCCACCCAUGUGCCUAGCAGGGAAAACGAAAGACUCGUCACUCAGAAACAUUGGUUGAACCAUGUGAUCAGCGAUAUUUCCAGACUUCCCAAAUGGUCACCUUCACAUCCUCCACAUUCUUUUCAGAGUAUUCUCACCUUUGUGAGGACGUCCUCUUCCCUUGGAAUAAACUUUGAAUGUUAUC